AGUGUGUCUUCGUGCGGCAGACAUGAAGGUUUACGUGUUCUUCUUCUUCUUUUGGUUCUUAACGGAUGUCUUCGCCGACAGUCUAUAUGAAGAUAACGUCUACAGAGAGGCCAUCGUCUUCGUCAAUGAGUGUGGAUCCAGGUCUCUCACUUUGUGUUUCAAGGAAAAAGCCCUCAAAUUCAUCGAGCGCCUUCCGAACAAUAUCGAUAUCGGAAAUGGAAUACGAAUCAAACAAAGUGAUUCAGGCCGACUUGCCAGAGAAUACACUCCAAUAAGUUUGCCGAAUGAAACAGUGGAGAGAGAAGCAAUCCUGGAUAGAAUGCUUUUGGAGCGCAUCACCGAUUACUUGUCAUCACAUACGCUGGAAUUUAAAUUUCCAAUCAGUUCGGAUCUGGACAUGUCGUCGGGAGAAGCUCGCAAGAAGGAAGGAGGAGGAGAAGGAGGAUUCGGUGGCGGCGGCGGCGGAGGCGGCAAGAAAGGAGGCAAAAAAGGAGGAAUGGGAAUGAUGAUGAUGAUGUUUUACAUGAAAGCUGCAGCCAUGUAUGCCAUAGGCCUCAAAGUCGUUGCAAUGAUAGCUUUCAAAGCUCUGCUCGCGGCCAAAAUCGCUCUGACUAUUGCAGGAAUUAUAGCAUUGAAAAAGCUCGUCGAAUCGAAACAUCAUACGCAAACUUAUGAAGUUGUGGCACAUCCCGUUUCACACGGCGAUGAUUACAGUCAUUACGAUCGAGCUUUCAAUCAGGAAUUGGUUUACAAAGGUCACCGAAUCGGUUCGUUUUGCUAUCAGUCGUUGUCGGUUCUUGGAGUGAUGAAGACGUUAGUGUUAGUGGCGGCCUUCGCCAUAGUGGCCUUAGCUCAAGACUCAUCCUUUGACACUACCGGAAUACGUCUGGUUUUAAAAAUUUACGAUGACUGCAGCAAAAGCUCCGGAUUUUCGCCAUGUCUCAAGAAAAAAGCCAUCACGUUUUUGGACAGAUUGAGCCGAAUGGACCAUUUCACCCUCGCCGAAGGUGUAAUGGUCACAAAAUCCAACGAAAUCACUCCUGAACCCAGCAUCUCAGAAGAACAACUCGAAAAUACGCUACCAAGAGCUUCCGACGCCCAAGACGCAGCUUUGACCAAUAUUCUUCUCGACAAAGUUGCCAAAUUUGUCGGCUCGAGAACAAUAGAAGUCACCUUCCCUAAAUUAGCUCUCGAAGAAGGUCGUGGCAAAAAAAUGAAAGGCAUGAUGGGCGGUAUGAUGAUGGGAAUGGCUGCCAAAAUGGCCGCUCUAGUCCCUGUCGCAAUCGCUGGACUUUUUCUCUUAGCUGGAAAAGCUCUCAUCACUGCGAAAAUAGCACUUCUCAUUUCUGGAAUAAUCGCCAUCAAAAAACUUUUUGCCGCGAAACAUAGUCAUGGAGGCCAUGGAUGGUCUGGUGGUGGCGGCGGUGGCGGCUGGCAAUCAAGCGGCGGCGGUUGGGACAAGAGAUCCUUUGAAGACCCCCACAAAUUAGCCUACAAAGCCUACAGUCCAAAAUCGUAGAAAUUGAAAAUUAUUGACCAAUUUUUUGGUCGUUUCUUCUUCAGGCCAUUGUUAUUCUUAUUUAUUUUAUUUAUGUUAUUUAUUGUACCAAUCAGUAUUGUCCUGAUUUUUCUUCAAUAAAGUUGUUUUUUACGAA